AUGUCCAAACUCGAUCUCAGUGAUGCUAAAGUGAAACAGGCUCUUGAUGAUGUUACCAACUCAAAGCUUGUUUAUGCUCUCUUAAAACAUGAAGGAGUCUCCAACAAGGUGAUUGUAGCCUCAACCGGAAAUGGUCUUCGUGAUAUGAUUGAUGAUUUGAAUGAUGGAACCAUCAUGUAUGCUUUGAUCCGUUUCGUAAUUAAUGAUGCAACCAAGUUUGUUUAUGUGGGAUGGUGUCCAGAGGGUAUUGCUAACCAAAUCUUCAAAGGAAAAUUCCAAAACUGGAAUAAGGACAUGGAAUUUUAUCUUAAGGGAAGAUAUCACUUGUCCAUCUAUGCUCGUAAUGAAGAAGACAUUGAUGAAGAAGCUUGGAUUAAAAAGUUGAAAAUUAGUGCUGGCUCUUCUUAUACUCAAACUUCCAAUGUGAAAGAUUUGACAGUUUCACAAGCAAAACAAAACAUUGUAACCGCUAAAACUGAAGUCAAGAAAACCGAAGUGGCAAUCAAUGAAAACGAAAGAAACAAAUUUUGGCAACAAGAGCAAGAACGUCUCAAACAACAAGAACAAGAAAAGAAAAAUCCUGUCACAAGAAAUGAUUACAAAAAAACAGACGAAAGAAAUCAAUUUUGGCAACAACAACAAUCUUCCACUUCUUCUUCUGGUGUUGUAAAGAGUUCUGAUCGUGUGAAUGAAAUUCAACAAUUGAGAUCAACUUCUAACAAUUACUGGAAGCAACAAGAAGAACAACCAUCUCAAACUGAAACAAAACCAAAAGAAAUCAUUCGUGGCAAUAAGGAUUUAUUCAAAAAGUUUGAGAAUUUGAGUGUUCAACAACAAGAAGAGCAACCAAGACCAAAACCACCAAUUUCAACUGGAGCCACCAACAAGAAACCACCCAUGUUCCAACCACCUCCACAACCACCAAGAUUUGACGAUGAGGAAGAAGAGAAUAAUACUCAACAACAAUAUGAAGAAGAUCAAUCAUAUAAUCAAGGUCAUCAAUCUAAUGCAUGGGAGGAAGAGGAACAACCUCAACAACAAGAGCAAUACUAUGAAGAGCCUCAACAACAGCACUAUGAAGAGGAACAACCUCAACACUAUGAGGAGGAGCCUCCACAACCACCUCCAAGCAGUUCUGGUUUUUCUAAGCCUGCCAAACCAAAGGGAUAUAUGGAAAAACAAAUUGAACAGGGCCGUAUCUCACCAACAGAGGUCGAAGAACUCACCAAGCCAACCAAACUUCCACCUCCUCCAAUUCCAAGCAAGCCAAAGAGAAAAGAAUUGGUUGCUCUCUAUGAUUUUGAUGCCCAAGAAGGAGAGCUCUCAUUCCGUGAGGGUGAAAUCCUCUACUUAGUUCAAGACGAAGGAGAAUGGUGGAUGGCUGAAAAUGCCGAUGGUCAACAAGGUUACAUUCCUUCAAACUAUGUAGAAAUGAAAUAA